AUGAGUCGAUUUUCACUUAAAACCAUGAAGCUUUCGACUUUUGUUUUCGUUAUUGUUUUCAUGGCUGCAGGUGUUUUAGUGAAGGAAAGCAAUGGACAUCCAUGUGGAAGCACAUUUUUCUCAGCCCUAGUUCAGCUUAUACCAUGCAGGGCAGCAGUUGCUCCAUUUAGCACAAUCCCACCAAGUGAUGCUUGCUGUGCAGCCAUCAAAAUUCUAGGCCAGCCUUGUCUUUGUGUUCUUGUCAGUGGCCCUCCAAUUACUGGUGUUGAUAAAAACAUGGCCAUGCAGCUUCCUGAUAAGUGCACUGCCAACUUUGAACCAUGUAAACUUUCUCCUUUCAAGUCUCUCUCCCUCUCUCGAACCGUCUAG